CUUAGAGCUCUGCCCUUCGAAGGAAGUAGGCAGUAUAGGGAUCAUGCUCACGUAAGUCUGAAAUUCGCCCCUAGUGUUUGGUGUAUCCAUGGCAGCAGAACUCUAGAUGGUCACUUGCAUCGACGGCUCUGCUGCUUUAGGAUGAGUCAGCCCUGUAAAUACAGCAACAAAGUACUCAUUGGUAAUUGGGCAGAGGAGAGAUUACAUUUCACUCAGGACUGCGAGAUGGCCAACAGCAGCUACAGGAUGGACUACAUGCCCCAUAUGCCACACAGGCCUGAUGCUGUCAUGUGCCAAAGGGCAUUUCGCAGAUCAGAGGGUCUUCCCUUAAGGCAGUUAUUUUCUCAUCAUGGCCUCCUCUCCUCCCACUGUCUGGUGUCACAGUAUGAUGAGUCGUACGGGCGGCAGGCCUCCUCCUCUCUGCCCACACUGCACUCCUGGAGCUCUUUCAAACUGGCCAGGGUCCCAGAGAGGUCAGAUCACCCAAUCCAAGGUAUUAAGCAUUCCCUUGACUCCAGAUGGGUUUUAAUGCAGUUCAGUCUGCGUUUUGAAUUAAUGUUGGAGAACAUCCUUGUAAAUGGUUAUGGAUAUCAGUUAUAUUAACACAUUGGCUUUGAUUUGAUUUAAUUAGAUUUUUUUUUUUUAUUAGAGCACAGACAAAAAUAACUGUGGCAAAUGUGAAAGAGAAAU